CUGCUUGUCCUAGGGAUGAGCCCUGGUGUAGAUGCAGAAUCCAUCCUCUCUUUGUCCUUGGUGGAGCUCUCUGAGAAACUGAGGCACGGUUCUCUUUCUCCAGACUGGGUCUUCUAUGCCUACGUGGAUAAGGCCCUUCAAGUGACCAAGGAAGUCAACUGCGUGACUGAUUACCUCCAGGAGUCCGAGUUCUGGCUUCAGGAAGUGAAAAGGCACGAGAAGAAGGGCUUGCUCUACGGAGUCCCAGUCAGCAUAAAGGACUCCAUUAACUGUAAGGGCCACGAUUCCACCCUGGGUCUUGCGAAGUAUCUCAAUAAACCCGCUGCCGAAGACAGCGUGAUAGUGCAAGUGUUAAAGAGACAGGGGGCGCUUCCGUUUGUGAAAACCAACGUUUCCCAGUCCCUGUUGAACUACGACUGCAAUAAUUUACUCUUUGGCCAGACCGUGAACCCUCGGGACCACACCAAAACGCCCGGCGGCUCCUCCGGAGGAGAAGGGGCGCUGGUUAGCAGCGGAGGCUCCAUUCUGGGUGUUGGGACGGACGUAGGAGGAAGCCUCCGUAUUCCAGCAGCUUUCUGUGGGAUCUGUGCGCUCAAAUGCACGGGGGGCAGAUUGAGCAAGAAAGGAAUAGUCUCCAGUAUUCCUGGGCAGAAAUCAGCUGUCGUAGGGGUCGGGCCUAUGGCGAAGGACGUGGAUAGCCUGGCCCUGUGCAUGAGAGCGCUCCUGUGUGAGGACAUGUUCCGCCUGGACCCCACCGUGCCCCCCAUGCCCUUCAAUGGGGAGGUGUUCUCCGGCUCACGGCCCCUCCGCAUCGGCUAUUAUGACACAGAUACUUUUACAAGGCCGGGUCCUUCCAUGAGACGGGCAGUUUUGGAGACCAAGCAACUUCUGGAGAAGGCAGGCCAUACGCUGGUGCCUUUCAAUCUCUGGGAUAUUGAGCAUUUUGUGUUUGAUAUUUCUUUGAGAGGUUUGUUUGCAGACGGAGGCGCCACCUUUUUGGAUCGCUUCAAAGGGGAGCUAGAAGAGCCCAACAUUAAGCAAUUCCUCCUGUUGUGCAAAGCGCCAGGCUGGCUUCGAAGCCUCGUGUCCUGGGUUGCCAAACCAAUAAUGCCUAGACUAGCAAACAUCAUGAGAAGCAUGAAGGAGAGGUCGGUGAAAGAACUCUGGAAACUUCAUUGUGAGAUUGAGGAGUACUGCCAAAGAUUCAUCGCCGAAUGGAGGAAGCUGGAUCUGGAUGUGAUGCUGUGUCCGGCUCUGGGCCCUGCUUUUCAGAUUGGAUUUCCUGGGAAGCUCUCAGUGGCAGCAAGUUACACUAUUUUGUAUAACUACUUGGACUUUCCCGCCGGAGUUGUGCCGGUCACUACGGUGACGGAAGAGGAUGAAGACGAGCUGAAGAACUACAGAGGACACUAUAACGAUUGGUGGGACAAGCUCUUUGUAAAGGCUAUCCGGGGAGGCGUGGGGCUGCCCGUGGCAGUGCAGUGUGUGGCUCUGCCGUGGCAGGAGGAGCUCUGCCUUCGGUUCAUGAAGGAGGUGGAAACGCUGACCCGGAAGAAGCAAAGAAACUUUUGACCGAUGGGCAGGACAGAGCGCUGCUGUGUUACGACAUUGCUCGUUGGCUCCAGCCAGCCAUCUGCGUCAAGCAGGGAUGUUCAUGGCGCAGCCGUUGUUGAAUUAAAUAACUUUCUGGUGC